UACACGCAUGUGAAACAUCAUCAACACGAGACGAACCACUACCAGACACCAGCAGCAAUAAUGCUUUUCUACUCAUUUUUCAAGUCGCUGGUGGGGAAGGAUGUGGUGGUGGAGCUCAAAAACGACUUGAGCAUCUGUGGAACACUUCAUUCUGUUGAUCAGUACCUGAACAUCAAGCUCACAGACAUCAGCGUCACAGAUCCAGAAAAAUAUCCACACAUGCUGUCUGUAAAAAACUGUUUCAUCCGUGGAUCUGUGGUCCGAUACGUUCAGCUUCCUGCAGAUGAAGUGGACACUCAGCUACUACAAGACGCCGCACGAAAAGAAGCAAUGCAGCAGAAGCAGUGAUUCACCUGUAGGAUGGGGUUUAGUCCAGGGGUGGGAUAGGGGGGGGUUGGUGUGGGACUUUUGUGACGCUGAAUAAUGAGUAGUUUAAGUUUUGAGUGGAUUUCCUUUUAAAAAUGAUAAGUUUCAACAGUUUGUGCUGCUCGUGUCAUUAAGCAGUAUCGGUCGUUAGCUUGCACUCUUUCACAGAGGCUUUAAUAGCAUUCCUAAAAUUGGUAAUCAAUAAUUUGUAAUACGUUAUUAUUGGAAAUGUUUACCUCACAGGCCAUAAAUGAGUCUUCAUUUGAUAGUCUUUUGUUUAAAGGAAAUAGCACAACUUAAUACAAUUUAGAGCUCAGAGGUGAAGAUCAGUUGUAAUGUUUAUGUUGGAUAUCAACAGGCACUGGCCCUUUUCUUUAAAAAAAAACAAUGUCUUUGACUGGGUUUUUUUUUUUUUUUUUUUUUUACACCACAUAAAAAUAA